AUGAUUUCAACAAUCGGCACAACAACAAUUCAAACAACAACUUCACUAAACUCUUUAGUUAUGAAUCCAACAUCUAUGUUAGUUGAGAUGAAAAGCUUCAUUCCUUCUUCAUAUACUUUUGAGACAGAAAUCCAGAAGAUAAAGCAAGAACUUUUAACAAGUACUUUGGACUGUUGUGCGAAAGAUGAACAAAAUGAACAGUAUCUUUACGACAUGCAGGACCUGGUGGAACAUUUACCUAAACUACCCGAAAUCCAAUAA